GGACCAAACUGUUCGCUGCAUCGAGAUGGGGAAGAUGGCGGCUGCGGUCGUUUCGUUAGCCACGCUGGCAACAGACCCCAGAGAGGAUGCUUUCCGGAAGCUUUUCCGCUUCUACCGGCAAAGCCGGCCGGGGACAGCGGACCUGGGAGCGGUCAUCGACUUCUCAGAGGCGCAUUUGGCUGGGAGCCCGAAGCCCGGCGUGCCCAAGGUGGUCAGAUUUCCUCUGAAUGUGUCCUCUGUGACUGAACAUGAUGCCUGUAGGGUGGGACUUCAACCUGUGAGCACGUGGCGGGCCUAUGGACUCGAAGGCUAUCCUGGAUUUAUUUUUAUUCCAAAUCCCUUCCUUCCGGGAUGCCAGUGGCACUGGGUAAAACAAUGCCUUAAGUUGUACUCCCAGAAACCUAAUGUUUGUAACCUGGACAAGCACAUGACUAAAGAAGAGACCCAAGGACUGUGGGAACAGAGCAAGGAGUUCCUAAGGUCUAAGGAAGUGACGAAGCGGAGACCCCGAAGUUUACUAGAGAAACUGCGCUGGGUCACCCUGGGCUACCAUUAUAACUGGGACAGUAAGAAAUACUCAGCAGAUCAUUAUACACCUUUCCCUUCUGACCUGGCUUUCCUCUCAGAGCAAGUCGCCACUGCCUGUGGAUUUCAGGGUUUCCAAGCAGAAGCAGGUAUCCUGAAUUACUACCGCCUAGACUCCACACUGGGAAUCCAUGUGGACAGAUCUGAACUAGAUCACUCCAAACCCUUGCUGUCCUUCAGCUUUGGACAGUCUGCCAUCUUUCUCCUGGGUGGCCUCAAGAGAGAUGAAACCCCCACCGCCAUGUUUAUGCACAGUGGUGACAUCAUGGUAAUGUCGGGUUUUAGCCGCCUAUUAAAUCAUGCAGUCCCUCGAGUCCUUCCACAUCCGGAUGGGAACUGCCUGCCUCACUGCCUGGAGACACCUCUCCCAGCUGUCCUCCCCAGCAAUUCAUGGGUUGAGCCCUGUUCCGUGGAGGACUGGCAGGUGUGUGCCACCUACUUGAAAACUGCUCGAGUUAAUAUGACUGUUCGUCAGGUACUGGCCACGGGCCAGGACUUUCCUUUAGAGCCCGAGGAGGAGGAGACAAAAAGAGACAUUACUGCAGAUGGUUUGUGCCAUCUGCAUGACCAGAAUAGCCCAGUAAAACGGAAAAGGUUGGAUCCUAAUAGCUAAAACGUAGAUUUUCUUACUCAGGCCGCCUUUUGUUGCCACACACAUGGGCAGGGAGAAAUCAUCUGCAACGCUGCCGCCUUGGGCCGUCUCAGAGCAUAAACCGAUUAGAGUUUGUCCAGACAAGUGUCCUACUCGGUCCGGUUCUUAGCUCUUAUGAGAAGGAGUGUGUUGUCUACCAUGUCGGUAUAAUGACCCACACAGACAUAAGCAUCUGAGGAAGAAGGAAGUGAGUUUGUAUUGUCUGUGUUAAGUCAAUCCUCAAAGUUUGUUAAUAGACAAUAGUGUUUUACCCAGCACUAUGUGAUUUAUGAACCCGCCACCAGAAUUCCUAACUCCUCCUAGUCAUCCAAUUCUUUGGCUCUUCACUCUUCUCUGCUCCCACAGAGGACUCUUAAGCAGAUGAAGACAAUGGAAUUAAAGUAUCCCUUAGGAGCCACAGUUGUCAUGCCUGCCAUGCAGUAAGCCCUGGGUUCAAUAUCCAGUACACAUAAGUCAGGUGUAGUGUUUGCCCGUUUCCUAUGCACUCCGAGGAUGGAAGAGCAGAUGUUCAAGGUUGUCCUGCAUCUAUAGACUCUUCUAGUAAGUAGGUUUUUAAUUUAUUUUAAAUGACUAAAAGUCUCUAGGGUGUUUGUCAGCUAUUUUCUCCAUGAAUAAAGUUACUUUAUUUUAAAUAAAAGAUCUGUAUCUGUCUUUGAGGAUUGGUGUAUCGGGGAUUCACUUUUUCCUCAUGUGUUACAUCGUUCCUGCUAUUGAAGUCUCUAGCUAUUUCUCCCCUAAGUAUUAUAUUGUGCAGAAAGAAUGUUCUUUGACUGUCUGGUCACUGAUGACAUCUCCAUGAGGGAAUUUUGGUGCUCCUUUCUAGAAACUGGGUGUGCCUGUUAAUUUGGGAGACGGGGCUAACUGGGAACCAUCUGCUGCCUGCAGUGUGAUUUGUUUAAUUUCCAUCUUUCUGCCCUGUCCCCCCAAUCCCUUUACUUAUCUGCACUUGAUCAUUGGGUUUGUGUGAUCACAGCAGGUGUGGUAUGUUUUUAAUAAGGAAAAAAAUUAGUAAAAAUCCCUUAUAUAAAAUGGAUUCUAAAAUUAAUGCAUGAUAGGAAAUUUUUGUAUAACUAACUCAUCUUUGCGAAAGUUCCUUAACUUUUCUUUGAUAAUUCAUUAAAUUUGACCCACGUAAAACCAACCAUCUAUUUUUCUGCUUUUGUUUUGGUAAACUCAGCAGAAAGUUUAUCAGUGCCAUUAAAACAGACUCUUUAGCAUGCGGUAGUGGCACACACCUUAAUCCCAGCACUUAGGAUGUAGAGGCAGGUGGGUCUCUGAAUUCAAGGCCAGCUUGGUCUACAGGGUGAGUUCUAGGAACCCUGUCGAGGGGGCGGGGUGACAGACUCUAUAGAGUGUCCGGUAAAGGCGCUGGCCUGUGUGUAGGAGCAGGCUGGAAUAGGCUAGCCAAGAGCAUCCUUGUGUGGGGUCCUAUAGGGAACAUGCUCAAGUAAGUUAGAGAUCAGCAAACUGCAGCUCAGUUCCAGUUUCUUUGCUGUGUGCAAGCCAUUUCUAAGUGACUAUGGGGAGGGUUCAUAGGAAUAUGCCGUGACACAUAGAGUUCUAUAAAGUUCCAACAUCCAGAAUUUCUUAAAUGAGGGGCAGAUGGAGAGAUGACCCAGAAGAACCCAGGUUCAGUUCCCAGCACCUGACAACUCAUAAAUAUCUAACUCCACUUCAGGGAGUUAGAUAACUCUCUGAAAACCCUCUCUGGUCCCCAAGGGCACAUGUGACACAUAUAUGAAAAGGCACAAGUGGGGGUGGGGAGUGGGUUAAAAGAUUUUAGAGCCGGGCAGUGGUGGCGCAUGCCUUUAAUCCCAGCACUUAGGAGGCAGAGGCAGGCUGAUUUCUGAGUUCGAGGCCAGCCUGGUCUACGGAGUGAGUUCCAGGACAGCCAGGGCUACACAGAGAAAUCCUAUCUUUGUGUAGGUAAAGAGUGCAAGGUUGGAGAGUCCUACAGAACCUAGAUCUGAUCCGCACCUUGACCGAGUAAGUUUAGCUUCCUAAGAAACUGCAUCUGAAGGAAGGACCUAGGAAACAAGCCUGUCACCUAGGAAAGAAAGUGCAAAGUACUGUUUUCCCAAGGAUGAGAUUAAAAUGCAGCACAAAAGCAGUUGGUGUGGCGUCUGUGCACAGGUGCAGGGAGGCUCGCCACACUCCUGCCCUGCCGGAAGGCUGGAAAGUAGUAGCCUCUUAGGUGUUUGUCCUGUGGAACAUGGUCCCAUGCUGUGCCCUUUUUUCCUCUCAAAAACUGAGAAAUCCUGUGACCAUUCUAAAUGUUUUCAGGAGUGUUCUUGGGCCCAAUAAAUUUCUCAAGUCUAGAAAAGUUAUCAGAGGUUUUGUUCAAGAAUGUUUAUCAGAGUGAAGAUCUGAAGCAAGUUCCAUCAGGAAGUGGCUGCUCAAAUCCUCAUUUCUCCACAAGUGGUUCUGGAGCUCCUUGGACUAGGCAAAGCAGCUCCCUUCUGGAACUAGAGUCCUGCUGACAUGACACCAUAUACAUUAAACUAGUCACCUUUUCAAGGACAGCAGGAAAACGGGCAACUAUUUAUACUGUAGAAAGUCUGAUCAUUAACUUUAUAGAGCAACACUUUGUACAGAAUGUUAAAUGUUUCUUCAUUUUUAUUUAAAUUUUGUAUGUUUGGUGUUUUGCCUGUUCCUGAUGUUUCUGUUUACAUAUUUCUAAAAGAGAACUGUUCACCAACAUAGGAAUGUUUUUUAUGCUUCCCUGUACUCCUGAUUUAUAUUGAUAAUCUUUUUAAAUACUUAUUUAAAAAAUAAAAUCUUACUUUUUUAUAAGUUGGUAAUUAAAUUUUAUUUAUUGCA